AUGCUGUCCACCGUUCCCCUCAAUGCAGGACGUAGGCGCGUAUUCGGCUCCGUUUUCUCUCCGUCGCCCGCCCAUUCCCUCAAGUCGGACAACCCCGUCGCCUCGUUCGAAUCGACCGAUUCCAUCUCCACAGUCAAAGCAGACUCGCAGUCAAAUUCAUUCGCGACCAUUGGCGGUUCUACAGACUCUGCGUCUGCAGAUGCAGAAAUCCUAGAUCAGGCGCGCGUGGCGGCGGCCGAAUUCCUCUCCGUGCCGAACCUGGGCUUUGAACCCCUCUACACUCAUCGCGAUACCGAUGGCAGUGAGCUGCUGAAGGAAUGGAACCGGCUUGCGCCUCCGUCAAAGGAGUCUGCAGAGGCACUGGAGUACCUGAUGCGAACGUCUCCGUGGACAUUGUUUGAGUGGUAUGGCAACGACAUUAGGAAACAUUUCCUGAUCAAUUUUCGAUCUGGAUUGACCAAGCUUCUGGCCUCUCCAGAGAAAGAAGAUCUUCUGCGCACCAUCGUGGCCUGCUUACAGCUCGCCCGUCGGAUCUAUCUCGCCCCCGUCCUACACUUCCUGCUUCCAUUGACUCCACACCAAGGGGGUUACCUCGCUCAACUGCAGCGCGCUUUCCACACAGUCGUCUCAUAUAGUUUACCGUGGAGGGAAAUCUCACCACUUCUCGCCAGCGAACUCACACGCGAUGCCGUGGUCAUCUUGGGCAUUGACACCCUGGACGAAGCUUUCGACGCCGAAAUGAGCGAAGAUGAAAUGGAAGUGGAACGAACAUACUCCGUCUCGUACAAGGACUGGAACGAGGAGACACCGGAAGCACGCGAACACAUGAUGGCCGAGGGCGAGGAACACCGAGUGACCAUUGCGCGGGAUCGGCUGUUGGCGUUCCUGAAUGGUCUGCAACUUGUUGGGCUUGGUGCAGACAAGGCGCAGAAAGUUUUUGCCGAGGUGAUGAACAUUCUAAUGGGAGACUUCAUCCAUGCCGCAUAUGCUGGUGAGUGGGAGGCGCCUUCGAGUGUACCACAACACCUGGGCCAAUGGAUUGAGAAUGUCUACGCACGCCUUGCAGUGCAAGUUCUGUCCGUCAUUCAUUCCGAGGUCGAAUCCGGGGCUAUGGACGUGAGCUUUGGCGAUGUCGAAAAGUGGCGGACGGUAGGCACCGCCCGGCUUGGAAUGCUUCGAGUCAGCGAACUUUUCGAUGUCGUUGUUGACUGGCCUGCGAGCAGUGGAGCGGUGGAAGAUCUGCGCCACUUUGUAACUCAGACCAGGCCGCGGGCGUACGUGACACAUUGGUUCUCAUUGAACCUGCAGCAGAGACUGCUACAUCCCGGUGCUUCUACGGUUGAAAUUUUACAGGUGUAUAUCUCGGUUAUUCGAGCUUUCCAUUUACUGGACCCUAAUGGCGUCCUGCUGGAUCGCAUUGCCCGGCCUAUCAGACGGUACUUGAGAGACCGGGAUGACACCGUCAAGGUGAUCGUCAGUGGUCUGCUAGCUGAUCCUGCAGCGGUUGAAGGACCUGUCACAAACGACACAUUGGUGGAGCUGGCUUCCGAGCUGACAAGGCUCAACCAGCACUCCAUGCAGAGCAAGAAUAGCGAGAUAGACUUUGAUGACAUGAACUGGCUUCCUGACCCUGUCGACGCCGCCCCCGACUAUCGCAAGUCGAAGAGCGCAGAUGUCAUCGACAGUCUAGUCAGCUUAUUCGAUUCAAAGGAGACGUUCGUCAAGGAAAUGCAGACUCUUCUGGCAGACCGUCUCAUCCAGAAACGUCGGCACUAUGAUCAGGAGACUACAGUCUUGGAACUUCUCAAAGUCCGAUUCGGGGACUCUGCAUUGCAAGCAUGCGAAGUCAUGCUGAAGGACUUGACAGACUCCCGCCGUCUCGAUCACGCCGUGAGAAACGACCAAAUAGUAUCUGGCAAUCUCACGGCAGAAGACACACAACUCCACGCAAAGAUUCUUUCUCGCUUCUUCUGGCCCGAAUUCCAAGACCAAGAAUUCAAGGUCCCCGAUGAGAUCACGGCGAUCCAAGAAAGUUACGCCUCCUGCUUCGAAAAGCGCAAAGACUCCAGAAAACUGAUGUGGCACAACGCUCUCGGCCAAGUGACCGUCGAACUGGAGUUCGAAAACCACUCCUUCGUCGACGAAGUAACAACCUGGCAAGCAACAGUCAUCUACGCCUUCCAGGAUUCCCCACCAGACUCACCAGCCACCAAAUCAAUCCCCGAGCUGGCCGAACAACUCGAGAUGACACCUCCCCUCGUCCGCAGCGCAUGUCUAUUCUGGGUCAGCAAACGAGUUCUUCACGAAGUGACCAGAGACACAUUUGAAGUAAUCGAAAUUCUCGAGGACGAACACGCCCCAGACUCCGACUCCGAUAGCGAAGCCGGGGAAGCCGAUGCAGCGGCUGCCGCUGAAGCAGCCGCCGCCGCAGCAGCAAAGGAGUCUGCCGAAGCGGCUGCAAUGGAGAAAAUGAAUGUCCACUGGCAGUUCAUCGUUGGUAUGCUGACGAACCAAGGGCCGAUGGCUCUGGCGCGGAUUAUCAUGAUGUUGAAAAUUGCUGUCCCCGGCGGAUUCCCAUUUAGCGAUGAGGAGUUGCGGGAAUUCCUGGGCGGGAUGGUCACGAAGGGAAAAUUGGAGAUUGUUAAUGGGGGCAAUUACAAGAUCGUGCAUUAG